AUCUAUGGGUAGUCCAACUAUAGUCAUGACUCUGCGGCAAGGUAGAGGUAUGGAUGCAAGGCAUGGUGCAAAGACACAGGAUGAGGAAGGCAGGCUGAAGUUCCACUUCCAGUCCUUUGUAUCCUUCAAUGUAGCGAACAGGACAAUUAUGGCCCUGUGGAAGGCUAGAUCUGUGAGUCCUGAGCAGAAGGUGCAAAUAAUAGAAGAAUCAGAAAGUCAAGAAUCUCCAAACUGAAGAGAGUGGGUCUUUCUUGGGCCUUGAUGAUGUCAACAUGUAUAAGGUUUAUUCAUCCUUGCAUUCAGUUCUUGUGAGCACUUUCUCUUUGUACCAUACAUAUACCCUUUGUUGUUUUUCUUUCCUUCCCUUUUUGGUGCAAAUAUUCACGCAUGUGUUUUUUGGACCUGCAGUAUAGAUUCAUCCCCUGUUAUUCAUUCUUUACUGCAUAUUUGAUGAUUCUUGUGAUUGUUGAAUUUGUUGCAGAUCAUUAAUAGUUGGAGACAGGGUAGGGAACCCUUGAAGGUAUAAGGGUGGUAUGUUUAGGUGCUGGGUUUGCAAGGAAGAUGCUGCAAGUUGUGACCACGUACAGCAACCACUGCUAGUGCCCUUCAAGUUUGAAAAUAGCAUUACUCAAAGUUUGAUGAGUGCGUAAUAACGUGGACAUUUGAAUAUGUUAUGAUAUUUUUUGUGGUUACUUGAUGCGAA